UUCUAGCGAUAACCAAGAUACUGAUGAAGAGUCUAUUGGAAGAGAGUAUGAUAGCAAUAAGAAACAUAAUCAUUACACUGGACAUACCGGACCAUAUUUUCCAAAUUUUACUACAUUUUUAAUAUUUUUAUGGAUUACAAAACAUCAAAUAGGCUUCAAAGCAUAUAAAGACUUUGCAAAUAUCAUCAAACAUUCUGAGUUCAAUUCAGAUGAUGUUCCAUAUUCGCUUGCAACUAUUAAAAAGUAUCGUGAUGGCUUACUACUUCUUCCAUUUAAAGGUCACAAAGUCACCCUCAACAAUCGCAAUAUGCCUUCUACUUCUAAACCUACCCGUAAUGCUUUAAAUUUUUCUUUAAAAGACAUUCUUCAUCGUGUAUUAGCAAAUCUAUUAUUACGUGAGAAUAUGUACUUUGGUCUAGGUGUGUACUGUGAGAAUAAACAUGAAUUAUGGCACGGAGAUCUCUGGCACAAAUCCCCAUUAUUCGGUAAUAUCGAACAUAUUCUUGAAUUUAAUUCAUUGCCUCUUAUGCUCAAAUCCCAACAAAGAAGAAUUGCUUCUCAUAAAGGAUACCUGUGGAUGACUGAUGAAACGCUUAUCAUAAAUCCUGCAAAGAUUAAGUCCAAAGUUGAUAUUUGGUUAAUUGAUGUUAACAAGCCUAAUAAUUAUCAAUACGUUAUAUCUAAAAUUGUGUAUUGUGUAAAUACGCGGUGGACUACGAGUCCAUUUUGUACUGCAUAUCACACUAUCGGUAGCCUCUACUUACAAAUUGGUAAUAUGAAACAAACGCUUUGUCAAAAGCUUAAAAAUCAUUUUCUUUUUGGUUUUAUCCUAUUCACAGCAACGAGUGAUAAAGUUACUAGUGGAUUAGGUGUUAUUACUAGAGACUUACCGGAAGGUAAUGAACAGGCGGGAGUAAAGAAUCACAAUGCACAUCAUGGAUGCCGUAACUGUAUGAUUCAUCAUAGAGAAUUGGAUAAUGUUAGUUUUGACACUGCGAGACAUAGUCGUUACCAUCACAAAACCAUAUUACAAUUUUCUACUAUAAGGAGAGUUCAGACUCAAGCAUAA